AUGUUGUCUUCGCCUGCUGAAGGCGCCUCAAAAUUCAGUCAUCUGCCCGCUCGUCCGCCCACGCCGCCGAGAGACACUUCCAAGACAGACCUCUUCUCCCCCGACACCAACAAGACCGUGGAGGAUGCUCUGCGGUUUCUGGACGAGGGACACCAAGAUACAUCAGAGCCGGCCUCAUCAGCGAGAGUGACGUUGUCGACCGACACUCCGCCUCCAAAAUCUUCACAACCGCGAGGCUCCACCGCGAGCAAGAAGGUCGGUUUCGUCCUCGAACCGACAAAUCAACUUCAGAUCACAGGCCCCUCCGAUACUCCCCGAGUUGCCCACGACUCACCAGCACCGCGAAGCUCAGGCCCCUUGAAGUCGAUACUGAAGCGUUCAAUCGAGCAAUUGCCACCGACUCCGGAUGAUGUCGAAUGCAGAUUGAGCUACUUCUCGCCUCAGGAACCAGGAAGUUUCCGCAAGAUGCUGCAGUCAGUCCUGAAGCAACUUGCCGGCACCUCGCGAGAUGGGCGUCGAGACGCAUACCUGUGUCUGAAUGGCGCUCUCAAGCAAUACUCUGAUCUCCCAGAGCGAGAAGCGCUGGUGGACAAGAUGGAUCUGCUACAGCAGUUCAUUACCCGCGAUAUGGCCUGGAAGGAUUCCAAGGGGGAAGGUCUUGAUUUGCAGAUCGUCACUCAGGCGCUGAACCUUACCUCUGCUCUUCUGUGGGAUGCUACCACCGAGCAGGCACUGGAUGUGGACUUCCGAACGUUCAUAAUCGACCGAUCUAUCGUCAUUCUGGAGCAACCAGACGCCCCUAAACCUAUCGUCAAGGCACACGUACACAUUCUUAUGAUGCAGCACUUUCCCUCCAGCAUCGUCACCGGCAGCAAGGUCGAGAGGAUCCUCUCCUCUCUACAGACAAUCGAGGAGCGCUGCAGUGGGAACAGCGUGGUUGCAGCUCGCUUGACGGUUUACCAGAAGCUUGUCACGCAGCAGCCUUCGGUCAUGCUCAGCAGGAUGGAAGACUGGAUUGGGCAUGUAUUGACAGGCUUGCUCAGCAGUAUCAACGACACUCGCAUCCGGGCUAUCGAAGCCUGCCAUUACGCUGCUCUGCGACUGGGUUCAUACCCAGUGGCCAGCAAAACUCUUUUCGAGCUCUUCGACGCCGAGACAGACGAAGGCAGCGUCUAUUGCGAGUACUUCAACAAGAGACUCAUGGAAAUGACUUCCGACAAGGAACUUGCCCAGUUUGUGCCUCAAAUCUGGGUGGCCGUCAUACUUUUCUUCCGAUCGAAACGAAAGCCUCUCGACAGGUAUCCUCGCCUCAGACUGUUUCUCGCCACCAUCCAAAGGUGUCUCAACUCUGGCGACAUGACAGUCAAGCACCACGCACACAUUGCCUGGAACAAGUUAAUCUUUGCAGUUUCACCUGACUCCUCGACCUCACUGUCGAUGCGGUCUAUGCUACGACUGCCGAUCAUGGCUCUUCUGGACCGACGCGGCAAUGACAAGUUCACCUUACAGGCGAACGAACUUGCUCUUCAAAGCUACUGUCACCUGCUUAAUACUGGACUCCGGCCGAAUCUUUCUCACGAGGAACUCGACGCAGCAUGGAAGCUGUAUGUAGAGGAGGGGAUUGAGAAGCUUGUAAAGUCUGGUCGACGUACCCAUGCGCACGCUUGUCGCUUGCUCCAUGGCCUGCUGCAGAGAAAGAAGUCCACUUAUAACGAGAAUGCUGCGGUUGAAUCGACACCAAUCAGGCCAGAGGACCUUCCAUCGCUGGACGCCAAAUGGGUACGCUCUCGAUUAGGUCGCAUCAUCAAAGUGGUGGAGCCCGUCAUUGCUGCCGGGAUGUGUUCACCGCCCGAUGCCAACGAAGCGGCGAACGGUUGUUGGAGGUCCCUGUUCCAGACUGUCGCGGAAGCUGGCAGCCAGGAAGUAAAGACUUCAAACGAGCUCAAAAUCGCUCUGGCCGAACUCAUCAACUUCUUUCGCCGGCUAUGGCAUACCCCUGCUACAUCGAGGACACCAGUCGAGAUCUCGCUGUGGCUCGAUCGAUAUCAGCUGCUUCUCGACAUCUGUGUCGAGGCGCUAGGCGCGGCUCAUUUUGUUGAGGACUUCCUCGCAAAGACAAAUGCCGACGAGGUGGAAGCCACUCCAACCCCCUCCAACAGGACGUCAAAACAUCAAAAGACGGCCUACUCCCCUUUUGUCUUUCUACUCGCCCUGUACUAUCAGCCAGCACAGCGCCAAGACGCGAGCGACGCAUAUGUGCGCUCGGCUGCCUGGUACCUGGAUCUACUUGCCGGCGCCAGAGGAUCAGCUUCGGGGACAAUUGGUCUUCUGCACCGCUCGCUGCAGUUCUGUGCGGAUCAGCACCCUUCUGCAGACAACGGUGAAGAGAUUUGGGCUGCGGUGGCUGACAGCACUGUCCAUGCUCUAGUCAGGCAGACUUCCGCAUUUCUCCAGCACAACUCCCAGACCGUGGGCACCACGCUCCGCUCGGCUCUCAAUGUCAUCAUCUUUGGCCUACGGAACUAUCCAUCGUCCUCAUUAUGCUCCGAAAAGGCGACACAACUCUACCGUGCGGCAUGCAAUUUCGCGAAGCACUAUGGAGGUGAUGGAGGCGUUGCUCUAGGUGUCAUGGAGCCGCUUGCAAAGUCGUUGCUCGAUAUGCAUGAAGACCUAUCAGUGGCUGCUGGCCUGCGGAUUUGUGGAAGCAUCCUCGAGAACGGUGUCUGGCCUAAAAGUCGCCAGGAGCUGGAACAGAGCAGGAAAGCGCUCUGGUCAGUCAGCCUGGAUCCGCCUUCGAAAACCUCCGCGGCUGUCUUUGACCCUUUCGACCUGGUCUACAGCGUGAUCAGCGCCAUUUCCCAGAAUACUUACGAGAACCUGGCUGAAGAGCGACAGCGAGUUUCUGUUGCUGUCGUUGUCGACCACUUCGCGGCUAUCACCAAGUUUCUCUCACGAUGUCCUGCAAAGAUCAUACCCAGCAGUCUCAAGAGAUUGCAAACUGCAUUGAGUCUUUUUGCACAGGACCGCAGUAGGGCCUUGUUUCCGCUCUCCACGCCAGAGACAGACGAUGGCAUGCGAAAGGCAUCCGCCGAGCUUCCUUCGCUUUGGGCCGACGUUCUUCGACUUGUUCAGCACAGCUUUCCAGAGAUGGAUAGUGUGUUGCUUGAAGCUCUGGAACCGCUCGUGACUGCCGGCUUGGCAAGCCCCAGCAAGGACAUUGUGAAUCAUACCAUCACCUUCUGGAACGAAUCGUUUGGCAGUCAAGAUACUCUCGAAUAUCCUGCCAAGCUCUUGCCAGUCCUUCGAGCGAGACGCGCCCAAGCGGACAUGCAGCUGCCUGGAUUGAUAGACGAUGAGACCUACAAUGUUGAAAUUGCUGAGCUUCCUGUUUUUGCAGAAUCACAGGAGGUCUCGCCGUCCACAAAUAUUGAGAAAGCACGCAGCCCGAUGCCGACCUCCAGGCGAUCGAAUUUCUUGUUCAACAGUCCCCUUGGCACUCCUUACUUGUCCGACGCAACAUCGGCCACGAAGAAGCGAACAAAGUCUUCGAGAAAAUCGACACCCAAGGCGCGCUUACGACACGACAACUCGCAGCUGGAGUUCGCCCCCAUCGAUUCUACUUCAGCACGUCCCGCGAUUCAGGAAUCCCAGAUGUUGACCGAGCACCAGAAAGAGGUGAAGGCCAGACAGCAUGGAGACGCGCAGAUGUUCCCGGAAUUGUCCUCAAGCCCUGGACGGUCAGAGAGCAAAGGCCGAACCAUUGCGAAGAAGCUCGACUUCUCCUCUGAUGCUGCAAAGAGAGAUGAUGGCAAUCAAGCGCUAACGACGCCAACAGCUCCAGCAGAUGCCAAUCCGAUGAGUGAUGACCUGCCUUCUUCGCCGACUCCUCGUGCGAGUGGUACGGUGCAAGAGCCAGAUCAAUGCAGCGAUGAUGAUGCCACCGAUAUCAUCGAUCCGCCAUCCUCGCCACCGCGACGACCUGAGGACUUGCAGGAAGAUGACCUGGACCGCGUCGACGAGACCACAGUCGAUAUUGACGAGCCCGAUGCAGUGCAAGAAGCUGCGGGUGAGAGUGGCCAGGACGUCGCGCCGCCGGCUGAACGAGAAGAGGCGGAACGGCGUACUACCAGCGAUUUGGUCUCGGACUACACGUUGCCUAAUGCGCAGCUAGAACGCGAAGCAGCGGCAGCUGCGGCGGGCAAGGGAACUGAGGUGGAUGCGCCAGUAGACGAAGAAGUAGAGGAAACUCGCCAGUCACCGGCUGCCACCCACGAUUCACAAGACUGGGGCUCGCAGACCCCAUCGAGAGUUGAAGAGUCGUUCAUCGAGCAAUUCGAGCAGACUGCCACCCCUAGCAAUGCUGGCAGUACUAGAUCAACUCCGAAAGACGGCCGCUCAGGGGGUAAGAAGCGACAGCGAGCCCUGGACGCUACAGAUUCACCUCGAAAGAAGGCAAAGAAGGCAUCACCAUCGCCAAUCAAGGAAUUCUGGAAACGAUUGACUGGCAGUCAACCUUUCCCUCCAGGGGAUGGCGAAGAUGAUGAUAUCGAAGAGGAGAUCGUUGUCGCCAGCCGGCCUCGGCCUUCGCUGUCUGUCGAGGCCAAGGAUCACACGUCUCAGGAUGUACCAGAACCUGAGACAGAGCAAUCUGAUCCUGCUCCCUCGGCACAAGAAGAGUCACAACUGGCGUCACAGCCGCCCGUCAAACGGGGCCGUGGUCGACCAAGAAAGCAUCCUGUUGACGAGUCGAGUCAGACCUCUACAGUGAAGGCAGGCCUCAAGCGUCGUGCCUCCACCGUCAGCAAUGCCACCAGGGACGAUCAAGAAGAGACUAGUGUGGUGGCAGAGACGCCGGCUCUUCCAGUCACGAGGAAGGCUGCAAGGCUUUCACAAGGAGCUUCAGAUGCUGGUAGCUCGCUCAGGCAGGGCGAAUCACAGGAAGAGAAUGUUGAUCAAGAAGCCGAUAGACCUUUUUCAUCGGCUGGCUCUGCGUCGCCGAAGAACAUUUUGGCCCGACUGUAUGGGGUCCUGUCCGACAUUCCCAAGAUGGUGUUCGGGUCACAGGAAGAUGAGCGAGCCUUUGACGAUGUGCUGUUUGAUAUUCGGAGAGAAGUCCACGAAGCAGGACGCCGUGCGAGGCAGCAGUAA